AACAAACCUGUCAAAUACCUCAUUUAAAGGAAGUAUCGGAGCCAAACCGAGCCAGCAUCUAUCGCUCCCUAACAAUCAACAUCUGGAAAGAGAUGAUGUGCUACAGUGACUUCCCCAUCCCAGCUGAUUAUCCCAACUACAUGCACCACUCUAAAAUUCUGAAAUACUUCAGGAUGUAUGCAGAGCACUUUAAACUGCUACAGCGCAUUCGCUUCCAGACUUUGGUGAGGAGAGUUACCCAGCGACCAGACUUCUCUCGCACCGGUCAGUGGGAGGUGGUGGUGGAGACUAAAGAUGGAAAUGAGGAGAGUCACAUCUUUGAUGCAAUCAUCUGCUGCUCUGGUCACUUCAACUAUCCUAACUUGCCUCUCAAAGACUUCCCAGGAAUUGAGUCAUUUGAAGGGAAAUACUUCCAUAGCUGGGACUACAAGGGGCCGGAGGACAUGUAUGGGAAGAGAGUGGUGGUCAUUGGGAUUGGUAAUUCAGGAGGAGACAUUGCAGUGGAGUCCAGCAGAGUUGCAGAAGAGGUAUUCCUGAGCACUCGCAGUGGGGCCUGGGUCAUCAGACAGGUGUCUGACAAUGGCCUACCAGUUGACAAGUUCAACACACGCUUUGUCCAUGUCCUGUUCAAGCUGCUCCCUAUGAGUUUCCUCAACUGGCUUGGGGAGAAAAAGCUCAACUCUAUG